UUAGUUUGUGAUUCAUAGAAAUAAUUUGACAUUAAGAACUGGCAAACUAGGAAUUAGUUCAUUUAUUCUUCUUUUCAGGCUGUUGAAUAUUAAUAGAAUGUCAAAGCUUUCAGGCUGAACAUAUUUUAGUGUAAAAACACAGUGAAUGAAAGGAUAAUGUAUUUACAUAUCAGAAAUGUUUCUCACAUACACUUGUUUACUGCUCUAUUAUUGAUUCCAGAAAUCCACUUUGUGAUGUGUUUGUUAUCACUGAGUCCUCUUUACUUUUCAUUUCCUGACCUUAACUCCUUCCUCGCAGCAGACUACGCUUUUUGCACACUAUACCUCUCUGAUAUCAUACAGUUGUGUUUAUGUGCGUGGGUCCACUCCCUGUUUGAGUCUCCACCUCUUCCAGCAGGGCCCCCACCCCACCACCUUUCUUCUAAAAAUGUACUUAUGUCCUCUCUUCUUCAGCGCCCAUCUUCCUCCAAGGCAAAACUCCUCCCCAACCCAUCCAGCUCCCCAAAAGUUUCCCCCCCUCUAACCUCUGUGGCUCUGUUAGGUUAACUGACUCCAUAAGAGACACAGUGGAAGCUCCAAAACGUGGUGACAGCAUAAGGAGCUGUCAAUCACUUUGUUCUGUCCUGUACUGACGACCAAGGAAAAAAAAAAAGGCACUGCUACUCGUCUGGGACUAAAGGACACAACAUGGCAUCCCAGAUCCCAGCGCUCCCACAGUCCUACACUCCAGCAACUGACAGCGUCUUUUCUGACCAGUCCGGUUUUUACUCUCUGGACUCCAAUGUUCCUGGGCUGUCCAAGGUGAUUCUCAACAAGCUCAACAUGAAGGACUAUGGAGAAUACAGGGCCGCUGUUGAGGGAAAGACUAAAGGAGUCUCAUUCCGCAACUACAAGGAGUUGUUCCAGAAGAUGGAGGACACCUUCAAGUUCUGCACUGGCUGCAACAAACUCCCUGACCAUCUUACAGAGGGACAGACCCUGAAGCGCUGUGUGAAGUGCUUGAAUGUGUAUUACUGCACCAAGGACUGUCAGAAAAAGGACUGGCCUCAGCAUAAAAAGGUCUGCAAGAUGCUGCGUCUAGUGGCCAUUGACAGACUAGUGGAGUGGCUGAUGUUCACUGGAGACCUCCCAUUCCUCACAGAGAAGUGGUCCAAGUCAGUUGCUGAGGUGAGGAACUGGGACGACUGGAUUCCCAUGCAGGGGGACCUCACGCCACGUCUGGAUGCUAUUUUGUCGGGUGCUAACAUGACAACCCUUUGGAAAAGCGUCAGCAGACCAAGGCCGGAUGACUCUGACCUGCAACAAUCAUUAUGGAGGAUUCAGAGCGAGUUCCUCUCUCGAGUUCUCACAGUGGGGAUGACUAUGAAACAUUUUGGCUUUGACCCGUAUGCUAAGCCGUGCACUAUUCACAUAACAGGGGCAUCCCACAAUGAGACCAUGGGAGCCAGACUGACUGACUAUGAUGAGCUGAACAACAUGUUCCCUGGACAUCAGGGUAUUGAGAUAGUCAUGGUGGGACCAGAGGUGGUGGACGGGCCCAUCAUGAGGCCUCCUCUUAGGGCGUUUGGCCCCAAGCAGAAGGUCUACAUCAGCGCCUACAAGGGCCUCUACCACCAGUUCUGGGAGGAUGUGGUCGAGAAAGACGAAGCAGCCAAGCCAGAUUUGGUGGUUGGAUUUCAUCCUGGGUUUCAUGCGAACCAGGGACUGUUAGAAGGCUGGCUGCCCACCCUGCUGCUUCUCAGAGAUUAUAACAUCCCUUCUCUCUUCACUAUGUACAGCGAGAUGGAGCUUAAGUGCUCGCUACAGAUCCUGUUGGAGCUGGAGAUGCACAUCAGGGACAGUGGACCCAACCCUUUCACAUCACAGAAACCAGAACAGGUCCAGGCCUGCCCCAACAAACCCCCAGUCUACUGCAACUCUCAUUAUGUGUGUUUCCAUGGACUUCUGCCUCAAGAAGACUUACAGGAGACCGAGGCAGACAAUUAAAAAGCCAUCAAAAGUUUUUUUUUUUGGUUUUUGUUGUGCCCCAAGUUCUCCGCUUUAAAUAUGUGGUUCUUCAAAUAGGAUUCGGUGACUUUCUGAGGUCCUUGAGGGGUUUCCUGCAGUCUUUUAGAAAUGGACAUUGCUUAGCUGCUGCUUGGCACAUACUGAUGCAGAGAGAACAAAGGAGAAGAAGAAGAAAACAUACUUUCACUGGUGUCUUUUAGGUUUGUACUGUUGGUGUCCUGAGGUGUCGUGGUUGUUUGACAUAACAGCUCAUGGAUAUACAUACAUACUGAACCCCAAAUUAGUUCUGUCAUCAUUUCAGUAGUUCUGUGACUAUUCUGAAAUCUCUCAAUAGCUACAUAUAACUACAUUAAAUCAAAUCAUAUUCAUACUGAUGUUACAUGUGAUCUAAACUUUUACUUAAAUAAAUGAUACAGUGUGACAAUGUCUGAAUGUAACUAAACAGUGGUUUAUUGUUUUGUUUGGGUUUUUUUUUAAUGUUUGCAAGUCUUUUUCUCAUCUCCUAUGUGCUGAGUGGAGUCUAUAGGAAAUCACACCUUUUCCAUAACUCUCUCUGCAGCAUUUGUUUGAUGUCUGCUUUCACAGUGUUGAUAACAGUAUACAAUGUAAUCUAAAACAGUAUGAGUCACAGGCUUAAAAAUGGCCACAAGUGAUUGCCUGUCUGAUACAGUCUCAACAAAAUUCAACAGUUGUGCAUAUAUAUACACACAUAUAGAUGUGUGUGUGUGUGUAUACACACACACACUGCUAUGGCCUGUUGUAAUGGACUGAAUCAUAUUACAAGACAAGGAUUUUUGCUUGGUGUCACUAAAACACUAAAAAUGCCACUUUGUAGCUACAAAACUAGACCCCACUUUCUGCAGAAUUUUGCAUUUCAGAUACUCCGUUGUGUGCUCUCUUUCCUUCUAGACACAUCUAUAAUUCAUAGUCAAAAUGAGGAAUGGCUUAGUUUUCCUAUAAUUUAGUGGCAGUCAAGUGAUAAAGUAUGUUACAGAUCUGGAAUGUGCUCUAGUAACUUAAUCAAAUUAUUCAGUCUUUUCAUUAUUAUGUCCUUAUGUGCAAAGAACCAGUUCUAAAUAAAUGACCAAAACAUUUUCAUGUUUCAGUCAAUCUAUUAACCCAAAUGGAGUGUGCAGAAAUAGGGAGUCUGUAUGAUGGUCCUGCUGUAGAAACUG